UUGUUAUUCUUAUUUCCUGUUUCAAAAUUUACAUGGAACAUAUUACUAAAUAAGUUUGUGUUUAAAUGUGUUGUGUGUGUUGUGAAUUGUGUUUAAAAACCACAAACAGGGGGUCACUACAGUAGGCGCCCACAGUUUGUAGAAGAAGAAGACAUUCAAGGAUUUACGUGAACAUUGAAGAGGAGACAAGGAAGAAAUGAGAGGAAAAUAUAUUUGAUAGUGAAAUACAUUUAACAAGAUCAAAGUCAUAAAAUUGCAGAGAAACUAAAUUCAUCUGACAAAGUCAUUUUCAGAUUGGCUGAGUAAGGCAAGGUCAUUUUGUUCAACUGACGUGAAUUUACCAUCAGAGGUGUGAGCUCUCACCCGCCUCCUGUGGUACUUCACUUCCUCUGCAGGAGUCUUUACGGUAUGUAGGUGUUCAGCAGUUUUCACAUUGAAUCACCAAACUGCAGACGCAGCGCUUCUGAUCUCGUCACGUCACUCUACUCUUCUCUGUUCUUUUAACUAUGAUGCACACAGGUGCACGCUGUCUUUUCUUCCUGGCUGCUGUUAUUCCAGGUGUCCACCUCCAGAGAAAUGACUCUGAGAAUCAGAUCUACCGGCCGGUCCUGCGGCCCUCUGAGGCCAUUCCUAAAAUAGGGACCUACAUGCUGCAGAGCCUUGCUGGGGAACCCUGCAUCAAAGCCACCAUGGGAGCAGAGUACAUCGUCAUUGAAAAGAAGAAGACCUGGUACUUCAACCUGGACCCCUCCAGGGUCAGGACCAGCGGUUACUGUGGCAAAGAGUCUGCUGUUCUGUCUCUCACGCUGCCGGACAACACUACCAGCCUGGAGUUCACCUUCAUAAAGGAAAAGAAUGUUUCCUACAUCACCAAGCUGAGUGCUCGUGUGUCGCCUCUGCCUGUUUGCCAGAGAUGUGCCAAUAAGACUUACUCUGGCUUGUUGGACCAUGACAAAUUGUUCUCAACAGCCGCUGGUCAGAGCUUCAAGUGCAAAUCUGACAGUCUGCUGCUGAUGUCGUCCGAGCUGAGGAUCAAGCUGGUCCAUCUGCAGAUGCAGGCCUUCACUCUGCCCAAAGGACAGUAUGGAGAAGAGGUGGAGUGCUGGGCUGACUUUAACAAGCGGGUUGUUCCCAUCGUCAUCGGGGCCACAGUGGUGGGUUUCAUCCUGAUCACACUGCUAACCCUCCUGUUCAUCAAAGACCGCCGCAGCCAAGGCUACGACAGGCUCUGAAUUUGCUGUGAAACUGGAUGCAGGGUUACUCCAUAUUUUAUACUCAGUUACUGUAACAAAAACGUUUACAAACUUCUUCUCCUCAACCUAGACUUGACUUUUAUAAUAACAUAUAAAGGCCUGAUAUCUUAUAUCCAAACUAUAAAUGCAAAAAGUAUUGUUAAAUGUAUUUAUUUGACCUUUCUUUCAUUCACUUGGAAAAAAAGAUUUCACAAUCUCUUUGUUACAAGUAUGAACCUGAAUUUCAUUUCUUUUUCGUUCUGCUUUCAAUGAUUUUUAUUCAUUGCUAUUUUUUGUAAUAUUCAAAUUUGUUGUAAUUUCAACAGUUAUUUAAUAAAAUAAUUAAAAAAAUAAUGAUAAAUAAAUAAAUAAAUAAUUAGCACCACCUGGGUGACCUGUGAAACGUCUCCCUCUGCUGGCCCUUUAUC